GAAAUCGCCGUCGAAUGUCUCCGGCGUUGGGUGUGUGAGGUGUUUUGGGACGAAAUAAUUGUUUUAUGAAUUCAGUAGGCGGAACUAUGGUCAUGAGUACCCAAAUAUAGGAACGUUCCCAUUUUUGGGAACGGAGUUCCCAAAUAUGGGAACGGGCGUUCCCAUUUAUGAGAACGGAAGGCAAUUUUUCGGCCGUUCUCCCACUAAAACUCAAAAGUGCAUCACGUCUCAAAAAAGUGCACGCUGAUUUAAGUAUCUACUAAAUCUCCAUAAAGUUAUCUUUAAUCUGACCGUGGAACAAGGAAAUUGACCGUGGAAUGAUAUUUUUAAUGAUUUUUUGAAAAUGACAGAAUGGUGAAAAUAUGGGUUAUACGACAUUUAACAUGCAAUUUUAAGGAAAAUGAAGCAUUUUUUAGUUUGAGGUAAAGUAUAAUAAUUUUCGCCUGGUUAUGAACUUUCAUACUAUCGACACCAGAUGCUGACAAAUGCAAGCGAAGACGCGGACGGUCCCGAGGCCUGUUGAAGCUCCAAAGUGGUAACAUUGUUGAGGAUUCUUUAUUUUGAAUUGGUUACUGAAGUACAAAAAUGGAUAAUGAGACCAAGAAAACCAGCAGCUUCCCAGACCUUGAUGGAAAGGUUAUUAUAAAGGUCCAGCUGGGAAACGACAUCCGUCGUAUCCCCAUUCACAACGAGGAGAUCACUUACGACGAGCUCGUGCUGAUGAUGCAGCGCGUCUUCCGCGGCAACAUCAACAACAACGACGACAUCCUCAUCAAGUACAAGGACGAAGAUGGGGACCUUAUCACCAUUUUCGACAGCUCCGACCUAGCGUUCGCCAUCCAGUGCAGCCGAAUUCUGAAGAUAACGCUGUUCGUCAAUGGCCGGCCCGGUCCCAUGGAGGGUCAACAGGUGCAGCUGGUGCGCCGCGAGCUGCGGCAGCUGCGGGAGCGGAUCGAUCGUCUGCUGGAGUCUCUGGAGAGCCAGGAGCUGAGCGGCAGCCGGCAGCGGCGCGGAUCCACCGACAGCUCUCCGCCCAGUACACCGGCCACAAAGCGCUCAGAGCCGGCCGGUGACCACCUGCUGCGCGCUCCCCUGCUGGCCGCCGCCCCGAGCGAGUUCGACCCGAUCCAACGGGCUGCCGAGCCGCCCUCCGCCGCUGCCGGGCCGACCGGCGCCCAGCCGAACGGGGCCGGGGAUGUGGGCAACUACACGGCAUCUGGCGAGCAGCCGGUGGUUCAGCAGCCGCAGCCGCUGCAGCCGCCGGCCGACCAGCAGCCGGCAGAGCAGCAGCAGCAGCAGCAGCAGUAUCAGCAGCAGGCUGAGCAGUACCAGCCGCCGGCCGACCAGUACCAGCCGCAGCAGCAGCAGCAGCAGCAGCCGGCGGUGUCGGCCGCCGACCCGCAGGGCUACAUGGCCCAGCCGCCCCAGUCGCAGUACGGCGGGGCUCCAACCACCCCGGUCAGCCAGCAGUCGACUGGCGGCGAGUCGGAGCAGUACCAGCACCAUCAGCAGCACCACCAGCACCAGCAGCAGCACCACCAGCAGGCGCAGCAGCAGGCGCUGCAGCACCAGUACCCGGGCGGCUACCUGAGCGCCGGAGCCCAGCAGCUGAUCCAGCAGCAGCGGCUGCCCACGGCCAUCACACCGGUCGGCAUGGGCGCCGCCAUCAUCCAGACGCCGGCACACGCCGUCGGACCGUACCCAGGAGCGGACCUCACCAACGUGGGCCCUCGGCCGCACCAUCCGGCCGGCGCCGGGGCCGCCCACCAGUACCCGGCCUACAGCGGAGUGCACGGCGGCGGCGGCAGCGGCGCGGCGCCCGCCUCCUCCGCCGCCAGCCACCACCCUCAGACGGCCGGUGUGGGCGGCGCGUUCCCGCGCGCCGGUUCGCCCAACCCGUACAGCCGCGGCCCGGCCGCCGGCGGGUACGCCCGGCCGGGCGCUGGGUACGGCUACCCGGGCCAGCAGCAGCAGAAGCCCGGUCAGCAGCAGCAGCAGCAGCGGGGCGGUAUGGGGGCGCACCAGCAGCAGCAGAGAGCCGGCAUGCAGCAGCAGCAGCGGGGGCCGCAGCAGCAGCAGAGGCGCUGAGCGUGCCGGGUAGGCGCGGAGUCGGCGAGGUGCUCGGCCCGAGUGUCGCCCAGCUGAGGUGAGGUGAGGUCCCAGCGGCCGGCCAGCCCCGGCAGCGGAGCUCAGUCGGUGUUUGUCUGUGGAGUGACUCGCUAGAGCCGACUGAGCGACAGACCGGAGGGAGAAAUCCCCUCCAUCCCCGACAUCUUUGUGUGAGGCUUAGUUUCGCUAAUGCGCGAACUGUGUGCCGUUGUGAUAUUUAGUAGCUCCUGGCACCCGGCAAGCGCAGAUUGAAACACCAGAACACUAAUGGUGUCUUCGAAAAGCUGCCGACGAAUUAUAUUACUCUGCGCUUUUUAUUUUUAUUUUCGAUGUUAGCCAUAUCGAUUGGGGUUCCUUUACAUUGAAGCGUAAAUGGUUUUAUUUGAAGUGCUUGGAAGCGGCUGGCGAUGCGCUCAGCCCGUUCCUCCGUUACCGAUACGGUGGUCUGUGUGACGGCUAUGCACGUUACGCUUUUAUCACGGAGCCAUGGAAAAGCGCUAUAUGGCUCUUGGCAUUUGGCGUUCCCGGUGUAGUCGUGUGUGCUGUGCCCACGCGCGGAACUUAGUCUGAUCCCCAUAGUUCACAGUGUAUCUAGCCGGGCUCUGCAAACAGACUGUGGGUCCGGGGGCGUUUCGGGAACAAGCGUGAACGAUUGUGUGGAAUGGUGUGAUCAGUACGAAAAUCGGCUAAUAAAUACACAUAGAAAACACA